AUGAGCAACGACGCCUUCCAGGAGCGACACAAUCAAUUCAUUGAUUCGAUAUUCUCGCGCAUCAAUCGCAUUGUGGCCGACAACUACGAUCCGUUUGUUGUGCGCUUGCACGCCCGAGCAGCGACCAAGAAAACCGGCGCCGGCAGUGGCAGCUCAGCAGGAUACGCAGCGUCGGUGACGAAGGGGAAGCCGGCAAAAUCAUCCAUGACAACCAGGCAUAAACUGAAAAACACCAAAUCAGAACCACGCGCCCUGGAUGAAGAGCCACGCCGCAUGGAAGUGAGCGAUGCUAAGGCACAAAGCAAAUUACAGGAGCAACUGCAGCAGUUACAAUUACAGCAAGAGCAAAGCAUCAAAGCAGUCGCGGACGAGAAAAAAGUGGAUGGGGGUGAUGCUAAAUUAGCGGGAAAUGUCGGCGACGCUGCCAACGCGGCCGCUACAUUGCCGGAAAUGCGCACCGUAUUAAACGGGGAGGCCAACAAGGCCAGCGCCAACGGCGCCGGCACAAAGAAAACUUCAAACAAAGCACAUAAGACACACACGAAAAAAAGUCAGGGCAAUGCCAACAGCCACAACAACAGCAACGCUGGCACGAAACUAAAGCAGAAUACUAAAAAUAAUGGUAAUAGUAACAACAAAAACAACAACAAUGCGCAUGGUGCCGUUGGUAGUGGCAAAGAAGUUGAAAAGCUGCAAAAAGCCGAAGGCAGCCUCUCCGGCUUGGCUUCGUUGAAGCGUGUGGGCAAUGUGAAAGUGGUCGCCGAUCCGGAAGGCUCCAACUCAACCAUAAAGGCCAAAUUCACUUUGGGUCCACUGACUUUGCGCGUAGAAAAGUCAUUCAAACGCGGCAGUGUGCACAGUGUGAAGAGCGCUACAGCGCGCACCAACGAGAUGAUUGGCCGCAUCAAAUUCGGCGUCGUCAAUGAUCGCGCCACACUCAUGUCCAUCAAGGUGCAGCAGCCAAAGCAGGUUGGUUGGGUGGAGGUGGAGAGCAAGGACAAUCACGACCGCACACGCGAAUUCGUUUGGCGGCGCACACCGAAAAUCGCCAAAUUAGUUAACGAAAAGCUGAAAUUGGCCGCCGAGUCGCUAUUCACAACCCAAGGCGUCGAAGUACCAGCACCGCUUUUUGCGCUCUCGGCAAGCGAAUUGUGCCGUCUCUUCGCCAAUUUCUUUGUCGUGUUGCAUGGAGCUGCUGACGCGCUGCUCGGCGCUAAAAUUGUCGCUGCUGGAUGUCAAAGCGCCAAGUACAAGGCUCACAGCCAACAGUGGCGGACGCACAUACACCAACAGGCUGGUGGCGAAUCGGAAAAACAGCGCGUCGCAAUCAGUAUCAGUGCAACAGCGCCUGAGAACGCAAGCAAGUGA